GACAAGUGAGACGUACUCACGAAUUGCACACGCGAAUUUAUUGUGAAUAGAAGCAUGUGGAUAAAAAUUACUCUUUUGACUGUGUUCCUAGUGAUUAUAACCGUUGGUUCAUUUAGGUCGACUACACCACUUAUAAAGAAUGUUUAUCGUGGUGGGGAACACUUUGAAGGUCCACACUUUGCAAAGGAUGAAGGAGCUCUGUAUUGGGUAGACAUUUCACAGCAAAAGGUUUAUAGACUUGACGUGGACACAGGAAAUAUCACUAGAAAGAACAUAGGAUAUGGUCCAGUUAGUCUUGUAAUAAGAGUAAAAGAUUAUCCCAAGUUAGUGUUAGUGACGUCUAGAACAGAAGUAUACUUUCUGUCGUGGGAUGCGAAGGAUGAAGAUACGUCAUUAAGACUACUUAGUGCUGUAGAUAUCGGCUUUCCUGACAAUAGAUGUAAUGAUGGAAAAGUUGAUGCUAAAGGAAGACUUUGGCUUGGAACAAUGGGUAAAGAAGAAAUGGGAACAGUGGACAAAGAUCAAGGAUCACUGUAUAUGAUAACAGAGAAUGAUUACAUUAAUCCUGAAACGAAAGUACGGCCCGUGUCAGUAUCAAACGGUAUAGCUUGGACUGCAGAUAAUAAAUUCAUGUUUUAUAUCGACUCGGCUACAAGAAACAUUGAUGUAUUCAAUUUCGAUUUAGAAACUGGCACUAUUAAAAAUAGAAGAGUAUUGUUCAGUUUCCAAGCAAACAAUGUCACUGGUGUUCCUGAUGGCAUGACUAUCGAUAGAGAUGGAAAUCUAUGGGUAGCGUGUUAUGGUGGUGGACUGGUCAUCAAAAUAGAUUCAAGAGCUGGUAAAUUAAUGGAACAGCACAAGAUACCAGCCAGUCAGGUGACUUCAGUGAUGUGGGGAGGAUACGACUAUUCAAUUCUUUAUGUGACCACAGCUAAUCGUGAUCUCAAUCCAGUUCAAAAGGCUCAGGAGCCGGAAGCUGGAUCUUUAUUUGCCAUAUACAAUACAGGAGCAACAGGAUUUCCUGAGAACCAAUUUGUCUUCGGUAAUGCUGAUAAAUAUUAAGCUAUGUCUAAAUAUAUUUAUUUAAUUUACCAUUAAAAAGUUACUGUUAUAUAGUAAAUUACGUACAGUUACUAAUUUGACUGAAAAACGAUAAGUUGUAUUAAAAUAAUAAAGAAUA